AUGUGCGCAUAAAGGUUUUAAAAAGCUUGGCAGGUUUUGUGCAGCUGCGAGUGUGUAGUGUUUGGGUUUGAGUGUGAGUGUGAGUGUGAGGAAGCAGUGUGGUUAGAGUGUCGGCUCAGAGGUAUCAGAGCUGAAACACUUCCUCAUCCUUAUUUAAUCUCAUCACUGCGACCUGCAGAGAACACCAACGGCUCACGGUCCACCUCACAGCAGACUGACCUCACAUGUGACACGCUGAUUUUACAUUGUCUGAACUAACUUGAUGUAAGAUUCCUGUCUCAGUAAAAUUACUAGCGUGAAGUUUGUGUACGACGUUAAGAAGCACUGGGGGAAUGUGAAGACUGAUUACUUUGAUUUCGGGUGUAGAGCAGGUCUUCCUCCCUCCUGAGUGAUGCCUCGUUCCUUCCUGGUGAAGCGAGGAGGGCUGCACCACCCUCGUCACACAGCACGAAGUCCCAGCCCUGGAUCAACCCCAGUAACGUUCAGUCAGCUAAAGAAAAAGAUGGGGUCCUGGGAUACAUCUUUGGAGUACUCCAGAGUAGAAACACCAAAUAAUAACACACUGUCCAUCACAUUAUUGCAGCAGGGCCUUCCUGCUGCUGGUCACUCAAACUGGAGUGAGAACCUUCAGCCACCGAGUCCCAGAUCUUAUGACUGUAGACCUGCUGAGCCCUGCAGUCCUGUCAACUCAAAUACAUUUACACCUGUGGAGAAAGUCAACUCUGGACCUCCCACACCAGCUGUAUGGUCCAGACCUCGUGCGAGUUCAGGAUAUCCGGACAAACUGUCAGUGGGGUUGGGAGACUUGACUCAGCACCCUCACAUCCUGAGGGAGACCAGGAGCAGUGGCUGCUCAAAGAUCACUGCUCCGAGACAAGAGUGUCUACUCUGUGGCAAAACAUUUUCAUGUCUGUCAAAUCUGAAGACUCACAUAUGUAAGAGUCAUGGAAGCAGAGCACCUCUGUCAGCAGCACAGAUCAAGUCCAGCAGGACAAAUACUUCACUGUCACCAUGCAGGGGCAAGGAGAGGACGUUUGGCUGUGUGGUGUGUGGAAAAGUGUUCAAGCGCUCCUCCACCCUCUCCACUCACCUGCUCAUACACUCGGACACGCGGCCAUAUCCCUGCCAGUACUGUGGCAAGAGGUUCCACCAGAAGUCUGACAUGAAGAAGCACACUUUCAUACACACCGGAGAGAAGCCCCAUGUGUGUCAGAUUUGUGGGAAGGCAUUCAGCCAGAGCUCCAACCUCAUAACCCACAGCCGCAAACACAGGGACGACCGGCCCCACCGCUGUCCUCACUGUCUCUACAGCUUCCAGCACAAAGUGGACCUGCGGCAGCACCAGGAGCACCACUGCACCUACCGCUGACUCUGACGCAGCCGAGUCGACGUCUUCAGCCUUUUCCGAUAAUCAGUGGAAAUAUCUUCAAUGACAGAGGGCUACUACUGACUGUGUUGUUUUCAUGACUGAGUCACAUCUUUUAUCGAAAGCUAUAGUUGUUUAUAUUUUCGAUCUAACUGUCUUUUAGGACACUGAGGAAAGAAAAAUACUGUUCUUAGCCCGCUCACAGGUAACCAGAGAUUACUUCAUGGCUCUUGCAGCAAAACAAAGCUUGGAAGUCAUAGCUAAUUUGAAUCUACUGUGUACCUGUUCAGUUGUAAAAAUCCAAGUACUACCAACUAUUUUCUCAUGUGUUUAGAUUUUUAUACAAGGAAGUUAACAGUCAUUGUUUUGUUUUGUUUUGUUUUACAUUUUCAUCAUUUGGUUCUUAAAAAAUAAUGAAUGUCAAUACUAAAGGUGACAGACACUGAA